AGAUGUUUCGGGGCCGAGCUAUGCGCGUGGGCGGGCGUUUUUGAGAAAGGCACCCAGGCCAGGGUCUUGGUGACAAUGGCGUCCUCUGGGAGCGCUUCUGUGCCGGUGGGUUACUCCCUGUAUUUGGAUGGCACUGAAGACAUGCACCCGACUGAAGUCAUCAAUCAAGUGGAAGCGCUGACGGCGUUCGUAAGAGCGCAGCAGUACAACCUUGACCGAGUCGCUGCCAGGGGGUGUUUCAGCGUAGACUACCCAGCCUUGGUAGCUGAUCCGAGCCUGCGACAAAAGUGGCCGGAUUUGGAGACAUCCGUCCGCAACAAUCCACACCGCGUCAUCGGCCUACUCGGGAUGUCAAUGUAUCAGCUGCUGGAUGAGGACAUGGCAGCAGGCUGUGAUGACACAGUGUCAUUGAGCAAAGUUCCGAAAGUUGUGGCUCGCGUUCAGGGGUUCGUUCCGCUGACUAGGGUUCGGAAUAUAAAGUCGGCCAAUUAUGGGAAACUUGUGUCCGUGAAGGGCACCGUUGUUCGGGUCAGCAACGUCAAUCCUUACUGCUUGAGCAUGUCAUUUGAGUGCAACUCCUGCUAUGAUGUGAAGCAACACACGCUUCCUGAUGGCAACUACCACGUCCCUAGCCGGUGCGAUAAGUGCAACGGCCAGAAUUUUCGGCCUCUGAAGUCGUUCAAGACCACCAAGACUGUCGACCGUCAGACGUUUCGGCUGCAAGAGUUCGUGGACGAAGAUUCCACGGACAGCGGCAGAGUGCCCAGGACUAUUGAGUGCGAACUUCUCAACGAUCUGGUAGACUCGUGCGUGCCUGGUGACAUUGUGACGGUCUGCGGCAUAGUGAAGACGUUCGAUGAUCCUUCAGGCAAGACAAAAACGUCCAACAAAAACAUGUAUCUGCUGUACGUCGCCGUCAACUCCAUCAGCAACGUCAAGUCUGGCGGCAGCAAGGGCACGAGCGGCAUCCACUUCACCAAGAAAGACUACUACGCCAUCACGGAGCUUCACGACCGUGCGGACACUUUCCGGCUGCUGGUGCACUCGCUCUGCCCGGGCAUCUACGGCCACGAGAUGGUGAAGGCUGGCCUGCUGCUGGGCCUGUUCGGCGGCACCACGCGGCCGGCCGGCAGCAACCAGGACCUGCACGUGCGCGGCGACCCGCACAUCCUGCUGAUGGGCGACCCAGGCCUGGGCAAGUCUCAGCUGCUGCAGGCAUGCGCGGCCGUGGCGCCGCGCGGCGUGUACGUGUGUGGCAACACCAGCACCACGUCCGGCCUGACGGUGACGCUGACGCGCGAGAAGCACAACGACUACCUGCUGGAGGCGGGCGCGCUCGUGCUGGCCGAUCAGGGCUGCUGCUGCAUCGACGAGUUCGACAAGAUGAGCUCCCAGUACCAGCCCCUGCUGGAGGCCAUGGAGCAGCAGAGCGUCAGCAUCGCGAAGGGCGGCAUCGUGUGCACGCUGCCGUCGCGCACGUCAGUACUGGCGGCGGCUAACCCCAGUGGCGGACACUACAACCGCGACAAGAGCCUGGAGGACAACCUGAAGAUGGGCGCCGCCCUGCUCUCGCGCUUCGACCUGGUGUUCAUCCUGCUGGACCGGCCGGACGGCCAGCUGGACAGCCUCGUCUCCAGCCACAUCAUGGCUCUGCACGCCUCCAGCAGCGGCCGCUCAUGCUCGCUCGACUCGAGCAGCACCGCCGGCGACACCGCCUGGGAUCCAACCCGACCUCUGGCCGAGCGGCUGAGCGCAACCUCCGCCGACCAGACGCCCACCGUGCCCCACGCCAUGCUGCGCAAGUACGUGGCGUACGCGCGCAAGUACGUCCACCCUCGCCUGACGCCCGAGGCGUGCCGCGCGCUGCAGGACUUCUUCCUGGAGCUGCGGGAGCGCCAGCGCGCCGCCGACGCCACGCCGGUGACGACGCGCCAGCUGGAGAGCCUGAUCCGGCUGACGCAAGCGCGUGCGCGGCUCGACCUGCGCGAGGAGGCGACGGCCGCUGACACGGACGACGUCAUCCAGCUGGUGCGCUUCUCGGUGGCGCGCAGCGCGGACCGCCUCGGCAAGAGUGUCUUCACCGAGGAGGAGCUGCGCCAGCUGGCAGGCCAGGCGGGCGCCGGCGCCGACGACUUCCGCGAGUUCCUCGACAUGGCCAACCAGGCGGGCGUGGUGUUGAAGCGCGGCCCGAAGCUGUACCAGGUGCAGUCCGAGUAGGGCCGCCGCGCCGCCGCUCUGGCGCCGUCCGCGGCCCGAAGCUGUACCAGGUGCAGUCCGAGUAGGGCCGCCACGCCGCCGCUCUGGCGCCGUCCGCGGCCCGAAGCUGUACCAGGUGCAGUCCGAGUAGGGCCGCCGCGCCGCCGCUCUGGCGCCGUCCGCGGCCCGAAGCUGUACCAGGUGCAGUCCGAGUAGGGCCGCCGCGCCGCCGCUCUGGCGCCGUCCGCGGCCCGAAGCUGUACCAGGUGCAGUCCGAGUAGGGCCGCCGCGCCGCCGCUCUGGCGCCGUCCGCGGCCCGCUGACGCGAGGCCCAGUGGGUUGAGUUGGCUGGGGCUGGUCGGGAGAAUUGGCACGCGCGACUGGUCGCCGAGCGUGUCUGUGUCAGUGGCGUGAGUGGCUGCGUUAGUACGCGCGGGUUCUCAAGACGUGAUGCGAGACUCCUACGAAUGUGUCUGUAUGCGUGUCGUGCUGUGCAAUGUGUUUCCGUUUGAGACGGCUUCUGAGCCUUACUGUGUAUGAACUGUAUCGUGUUGACAUCGUCGAAAUGUUUAUUUACAUGUUAGCGGGUUUAUGAAGUCAAAGCAUUUUACAGUUAAUGAGAUUAACCUGUGUAGA